UCGAAGCUCCAACCAUCGCGGGUCGUUGUUUUGCAGUGCGUGUAGGUUAGUUAAGGAAAUGGAGGACAUAGAGGAUUUGCUAGUUGGGAGCGGAGGUGGAGCUCCUCCGGGUUUUCGUUUGCCCAUAACAGCCGUCGGAUUGAACCCAAAGAAGAACAAGAACCAGAACAAACCCAAUCCCAAUGGCAAUAGCAAUAAGCUAUCUCAAAUCCAAGACCCCCUUGCUCCUCUCUCUCCCAAAAUCCCUGGAACUCAGACUAUAUAUAUCAAGACAUUUGGGUGCUCACACAACCAGUUUACGAUCAUCUCACUCCGCUUCGAACUCGCCGCCUCCUCCCAUUCCAAAAUCCCAAUCCCGUGCGCUUUCAAUCCUUGCUGCGAAAUCGGGGCCAAGAACUGAGUGGGCUUCAUUGAUGGAAGUUGCAAAACAAGAAGGAAGUAGCAAUGUUGAAGUUUGUUGCUGGAAUAUGACUUGGUGCCAAUUGGCUGAUACAGACAGAGAGUUUGAAAUAUUCUUUAUGGUUAAGGUUAUGCACCAUGAGGAGCUUGCAGAAUGAGCCUCACACCGCACUAUAGCCUAUAACAAUUCUGAAAAAAUAAGUGGAGCCAUUGGGAAUUUGCGUGUUGUUAUAGAUUUUC